UCCAACGCCACCGGUAGUUGAGAAUUGAUCGAGGUAGCCAUCUGCCAUUUUGAAACAAUCUUCGGCGUCGUUAAACGAACUUGUGGGUUAGAAAAAAUAGCACGCAUAAUUCACCGUCGAUCUACGCUUCGAUUUUGGAACAGCGAUCUACAUGUCGGACAGGGAGGAUAAGGGGGCCACGAGGGUUUACGUCGGUGGUCUCAGCGACGGCGUUAAAAAAGAAGACCUGGAAUUGGAAUUUGAGAAGUUCGGCAAGUUGAAUAACGUUUGGGUGGCUUUCAACCCUCCAGGAUUCGCAUUCAUCGAAUUCUUGAAUCACGACGACGCCGAAAAUGCCUGCGACAAUUUAAAUGGGACCGAUUUUCUUGGUUCUAAGCUCCGAGUCGAAAUCGCCCGAGGGAAAAGUCGAAGAGGAGGCGGAGGCUUCCGGGGUUCCAGAGGAGGUCGAGGAGGCGGCGGCGGAUUCCGGAGCUACGAUAGAUCGGGGGGUUUUAGGGGCGGACGCGGAGGAGGUGGCGGCCGUGGAGGUUCCAGGGGCCGAUAUCACGACUUCGGGGAAAGAAGAGAUGACCGCUACCGCAGGGAGUACAGCAGACCAGGUGGUGGCGAUGGCGGCGGCGGCUACAGAAGGGGUUCCAGAGAUGGGUAUAGAGGCCGUGGUGGCGGUGGCGGUGGAGGAAGAUACGAAUCCAAUGGAAGGUUUCGGUCGAGGUCCCCAACUCGACGUUAAUAGUUUGUAGUAAGAUUUAAGUUUUGUGUUAAUUUCGCUGCUUGAAUCUAAAAAAAAAAAAGUAGAUUAAGUUAAGUCAUAAUAAUUGUAACUUGUAAUGUGUAAGGUUUGAUUUCUUAUUUUUUUUCAAUGUAUUUGUUGUAUAUGAGUUCAAUAUCAACAUCUAAUUAUCUAAAUAAAAGUAUGUAAUUCUA